CGGAUCAUGUCGCUACUUUCUGUGGUCCAGUCUACGUUAACUUCCUUUACUUCCGGAACGUGGCCGUGAUUCAAGCAGUCCCUAACUUACAACAAUGGCACCAGCAAAGAAAACAAAAAAGAGUAUUGAGAAUAUCAAUUCUCGACUUGCCCUUGUGAUGAAGAGUGGCAAAUACUGUCUUGGAUACAAGCAAACACUCAAAACCUUGAGACAAGGAAAAGCUAAACUUGUUAUCAUUGCAAGCAACACACCACCACUUAGGAAAAGUGAGAUUGAAUACUAUGCUAUGUUAGCGAAGACUGGUGUCCAUCAUUACACUGGCAACAACAUAGAGCUGGGUACCGCUUGUGGUAAAUACUUCCGUGUGUGCACACUUAGCAUCACAGACCCAGGUGAUUCCGACAUCAUCAGAAGUAUGCCUUCAGAACAGGCUUCUUAAUUUCUUGUAUUUACAAUAAAUAAAGUUGGCUUGUUAAGUAAA